AUGGAAUCCCCAACCCCACCUGCCGAUAAGCCGGAUGUCCAGAAGCGAAAACAUUCCCGUGCAGCCGCGAGCUACCCCCGGAAGCGAGCUACUCAAGCAUGUCAGACUUGUCGUCUUAAGCGGACGAAAUUCGAUUCGGCGAGCCUGGCUAUUCUGAAACGGAUUGAUGACCUGGAAGCACUGAUCCAGACCAAGGCAAACGAUCCACCUCCCGUGGCUCUGCCCAAUGUUCUUUGCUCUUCGUCGUCUAGCAGUCCCAAUGACAUUUGGGCAUCUGGGUUGGAGCAGCAGACACAAUUGGAGCCAUGUUUCAUCAACAUUGAGGAGGUCCUGAAAUGGCCUGUCUUCGAUGACCAUGAAUUUGACCCGCGACUCUAUCUACUAUCCCCAUCCGAUGAGAGCACCGUACAGCCGAACCUACAAACUUCCGUUGACCUUGACCUCCGUGUGGCCGACCAUCUCGUGCGGAGCUUUUUCGAUAAUGUGCAUAUCUUUAAUCCCACGCUGAAAGAGGAAGACAUCAACGAAUAUGUUAGGUCUGUACAAUUGAAUGGCAUCGGGUGGGACGCAAUGUCUUGUUUGUUGCUUCUCAUUUAUGCCAAUGGCUCGAUCACAACGUCAUUUGUAAGGAAUGGACAAGGCGUAGAUUCCACUCUGUUCCGCCAGUCAAAGGAGUUUCUCCAGGGUGAAGCGUAUUUUCUUGCCGCGCAGAAACGAAUGGGCAUGUUGCUCUGCAGGGGUGGCGUAAUAGAGGUACAAUGCUUCUUCCUAGCUGGCGUAUAUUUAAUGACAACGUUGCGGUCAGUAGAGGCAUGGAGAAUGUUUGUGCAAGCACUUGCAUGCUGCGAGGGCUUCUCCAUCCUUCGCACGAACGACUGCCAUGAAGCUGCGUGGGAAACAAAGCAGAGAGUAUACUGGACCUGCCUGAAGUCUGAGCUCGAGCUACGACUGGAAUUGAACCUUUACCAAAAGAAUUUCCUGGGUCUGAAAUACCCUACCUUCUUUCCAUCGCCUCCAGAGGAACUCAAAUCUAGAGAUGAAGCAGCAUGGUAUUUUUAUCUGGCGGAAAUUGCUUUGCGAAGAUUGGAGAACCGCAUUCUGAGCUAUCUUUACCAACCUCACGAUGUUAUCGCAAAAUCUAACCUGGAAUCUGUGAUCCUCGACUUUGAGGAGCAAGCAGACGGUUGGUAA